GACUCGUUAGCGGCUAACACACUAAACCUGUCACAAAGCCUUGAGUUCAUCAUUUAUUCGCUCAGCCGAACGCUUCUGUAUCACUCAGUAUUGAUAUCUAAAUAUUUAGUAUUUGUCCAUUUAUCGUGAAUGUUGGCCGUGUCUCAAAAGCUACCCAGACAGCAAAUUUUGGGGAUCAACAUAGGAAGCAUUUUAAGUCGGAGCCAAUUAUGUCCUAAUAUGCUUUCUAGGUAGGCAACUCACUAGGUUGUGUUUCCUUAAAAUGCUCCAAAAUGCUGUCUAGGUAGCAUAUUGUCAGCUCGGUAGGUUUUUAUUCCCUAAAAUGCUGUUUAUAUAGUUAGAUAGGCAGCUUACUACCCUUCAAUGCUGUCUAGAUAGGGAAUUAAACAUAAUGAGCUGCCUAAAAUGCUGUCUAGAUAGGCAGCACAAUAAUUCUCACUUGUCAUUAUGUAACCUGUUACACCUUUGUCAAAAUAAGGAGGACCUUGUUUUUUCUUUUUAAUUAAAAUUUGAUGAUUGAUUAAAACAUUCAGCACAAUUUAAUUUCACAUGUUUUCUUGAACCAUGUUAUAAUGUAACGUUCACUUCCAUUAUUGUCAGUGAAAUGAGAGCACCUGAAUGCAGUUGUAUUUUAAGGCUAUUUCGUUAGCUGUCUCAACCUAUUGAGUUGAGAAAAAAGAAGAAAAACCUUUUGACACAAAGCAGUGAAGGUGAGGUUUAUGUUCUUUGGCACAGUUGUAAGUGGGUCAUUAUCAUAACUGCUCAGGUGUUGGCAUUCUUACAGGGAGCAUGUAGUUUUCUUGCUAUUCUCUGUCUUCACUGAACUCAAAAAUGUUACAGGCUGUCAUCAUGCAGCUUGUGUAAAACCACAGGCUUAGAUAAGCUCAGAAACAUGAUUUUCUUCUAAAGGACUAUCAGUUGAACUUUCAGCUUGUUCUGCGAAUGCUGUAUUCGUCCUCAGAUAAAGUGUGACCUAAAGUACAGACCUUUGUUUUGUCUGAUCUGUUUUAUUUUUUUUUAAUUUUUUUAAUUUUAUUUUAUUUUUUUAUUGAAAUAAAUGGUAUAAAAGUUUUAUUUCUGCAGGAUGUAUACUGUACGCUUAGUAUUAAAUUUUCCUGUAUGUAUGGAAUAGCAGGGUGACCUGCUAUGUUUCUACUUCCUGAACGAUAUUACUGAAAUAAUGGUGUGUUCACACUUGUAGUUCGGUUCUCCUGGUCCUCUUGGUCCGGACCAAAAAAGAAAAUGUUACAUUUAGUCCUGGUUCGCUUAGUGUUCACACUGGCAUUUUUAAAACCGAACCUAAAGAUACAAAACAAAAGGCAUCAGGAAAAGUCACAACCUGAUUGGACAGAUUUGAUGACGUAUAUUUUGCGAUGGAACUUGCCGAAUAUCCAAAACAAUGCUGGCUGCUGGGCGAAAUGCGCUUAUUGGAUUUAUGUAUGUGUAUAUGGUGGUAUUUUUACCAGCUGAGAACAAACGAAGAGCUAAUAAAUUGUGUAAAGGAGUCAAAACAGCACCAGAAAUUCCUCCGUUGCACACACAAAUGAAGAUAUGCUGCAAGGACGGCUGACGGCGGUUCCGACACCUGUACCGAACUGUAAUGGGUAACAUAGCUCCUAUGAUGAGAAGAACCAGGUGUGCCUGUGGUCAGUAUUAGGCAAAUUACUUACUGUUUUUGGUCCGUUUAGAUGUCUUUGGUCCAUGUUGCAUUCAUAUAUCAGUCGAACCGCACCAGAGUUCGUUUGGAAGCGGACUGAGACCCACUAUUCAGGUGGUCUCGGUCCGCUUGUUUGGUGCACAUCAAAGUUCGGGUGGCAGCGUUCACACUUGUUCAAAUGAACCGCACUAACAGAACAAUCACACCAGAGUUUGUUUUAAUCGAACCAAACCUGCCAAGUGUGAACACACCCUAAGUGUCUUGAGAUAUCGUCUCGGUUACGUAUGUAACCUCGGUUCCCUGAGACGAAGGGAACGAGACAAUGUCAGGAAGCUGACGCUGUUGGGAGUGUCCUUCUAUACGACCUAGUUUAAACCUUUCUGCAAUAAUGGCAAUUCUAAAAUUGGCUAUGGUGUUUAAGCCCCGCCCUUAAUACGCUUGACAUUGUGUCAGGAAGCUGAUGCUAGAGGUCGACCGAUAUUGGAUUUUACCGAUAACUAAGUUGGGCAGUACCUGCCGAUAACCGAUUAAUCAACCAAUAGUUUUUAAAAUUGAUACUGAAUGGAAAAAAUAACACUCAAAGUAAAAUAGUGUUGAAUUCUAUUACAAAAAUAAACACUACUGACUGAACCAUGAAAAUGUAUUGUACUUUUUUAAAUGACAUAAAUAUAUAAAUAUUUAUAUGAACUAAUAUAACAUUUUUAAAGUCAGCUGAUUUUUAAAUUGACGUUGUUUCCUUAGUCCACAAGAGGGCGCAAUAAAUACAUAAACCAUUCAGCACCGUUAUAUUAUUGCAUAGUACAUUUCUAUCCUGGCUGUUAAAAAAAGAGCAUUUCAGGGGUGAAUGCGUGAAUGCCGCUAUGUCUCCGUGGCAACGCGCUCAACAAACCACGUGAUAAGAUGCGUGGGUUGACGGUCUCAAACGCGGAGGCAACUGAGAUUCGUCCUCCGCCACCCGGACUGAGACGAGUCACUACGCCACCAUGAGGACUUGGAGUGCAUUGGGAAUUCCAAAUUGGGGAGAGAAAGGGGAGAAAAUCCGAAAAAAAAAAUCUUAAAAGAGAAGAUGCCACCCUCUCUUCCCACCACAAAGUUGGGCACUUUUUUUUUUUUUUACCAUGACAACAACCCUAACAUUUUUCCAAAGCUACUGCUGCAUUCCUAUGGAUAAACAAGAUAGUAUGUCACCCAACCUCAACCCUAUUUAAGCACCUGUGGGGUGCAAUUCGAGCAUCACUCCCCAUUAAACAGAGUACUCAAAGGAGGUCAUCCUCCAGGAGUGGAAGAGGAUGUGCGUGACAAUAUGUCAUGAACUUGUACACUUGAUGUCAAGAAGGGUCAGAGCAGUAUUUAAAAGUUAUGGAGGACUUUCUAAGUACUAAAAUAUUGUACAGUAUUUGAAUUUAUUCAAGGGUGUACUCAUUUUUGAAUUAUUAAUUAUUAGUAUUAAUUAUUUUACAGAUAUUGAUAAUAUAUAUUUUGAUUAUGUUAUUAAGUAUAUGUUAAAUACAUUUAAAUUUUGUCAUCUUCGCAUAAAUUGUAAAGGUAAUCAUUUAGAAGUAGAAUUAUAUCUUUAUGCUCAAAUGGGGUUGUAACGCGGAGGAGGGUGGGGCCGGGCCGGAAUGACGCACGCCCGGACCCCAGUCAGCCUGAUGAGGCGAGCGAGGGAUAAAGGCGACAGGAGACGGCAGUUUGAGUGAGAGAGAGAGCUACAGGCAGCUGCCCUGUAUGUGUUUAUGUUUGUGUGCUUUUGUUUGUUUAUAAUUAAACUUUAUUUAUAUUGUCAAGCCGGUUCUCGCCUCCUCAUUUCCCUUAUAACUCCUUUUACAUUGGUGCCGAAACCCGGGUGGGAGGAGGGAUGCCUGUCGUAGAGUCCUCGACGCUGCCGUCCACCCAGGGGAGCGCCGCUGCUAUCCGCCGAGGGACAGAGUACCCCGACUGCCUGGAUGCGGGGAACGGCCUCCAUCCACGAGGCGAGUGGGGACUGGACUCCCCGACUGCCUGGAGUGGUAGGGCCGCUGUCAGGGGCGGAGGAGUGUCCCCACGGGCCGCCAGAAAUGCGGAGGGGCAUUUUGUCUGCUGGGGGGUCGGAGGUCUGACUCCGGUCCGCCCGGGUAGGAGCGGCUGUCAUCCGCCUGAGAGGGUGGAGGAGUGAUCAAGGACCACGCGACGGCGCAUUAGAGAACCGAUGGAGAAUUCCAGAGGGUCUAACUGGACGCUGAAGUCGGAUCCAAGCACAGAGGCGCUUCCGUACUGUUGCUCAGCCUGUGAAGGCGGUGAGGAUCCGUACUGUGGAAAAGUUUUGCGGACCAGAACUAAAGCCAGGAGCAUGUCGACACCACCAGCGCCCAGCUCUGCCAAGUACAGGAGGACGCAGUCUCUACAUGGACCAAGCCCUGUCACCACAUUUGGGCCUAAAGCUUGCAUGCUGAAGAACCCUAAAGCUGUCAUGCAUAUUCAAGAUCCAGCCAGUCAGAGGUUGACAUGGAAUAAACCACCUAAAAGUGUCCUUGUUAUUAAGAAAAUCAGAGACUCCAGUCUGCUGCAACCUUUUAAAGAGCUCUGCUUCUUCCUUGCACAGCAAAAAAAUAUGAUUGUUUACGUGGAGAGGAAAGUCCUUGAAGAUCCUGCCAUUGCUAAUGAUGAGAGUUUUGUCUCUGUCAAGAAAAACUUUUGCACUUUUAGAGAAGAUUAUGAUGAUAUUUCCAACCGUAUAGACUUCAUCAUUUGUUUGGGAGGAGAUGGGACCUUGCUCUAUGCUUCCUCACUCUUCCAGGAGAGUGUGCCUCCUGUCAUGGCCUUCCAUUUGGGUUCUCUGGGCUUUCUCACACCAUUUAACUUCGACACAUACCAGUCUCAGGUCACACAGGUCAUUGAAGGUAAUGCUGCGAUCAUUCUGCGCAGUCGUCUGAAAGUGAAGGUGGUGAAAGAGUGUAGAGGGAAGGAGAGGGAAGCCGUGGAUGAGAAGAGUUUGAUUAUCACGAAUGGAGACACUGAACCCAACCACAAAACUAUGCAAUAUCAAGUGCUUAAUGAAGUCGUGGUGGACAGAGGUCCAUCCUCAUACCUCUCUAAUGUCGACCUGUUCCUGGAUGGUCACCUGAUCACCACUGUUCAAGGAGAUGGUGUGAUAGUGUCCACGCCCACAGGCAGCACCGCAUACGCUGUAGCAGCAGGUGCCUCAAUGAUCCACCCAAAUGUUCCAGCCAUCAUGAUCACACCCAUCUGUCCACACUCGCUCUCAUUCAGACCCAUCGUCGUGCCCGCGGGUGUCGAGCUCAAGAUCAUGUUGUCCCGUGAUGCCAGAAACACAGCCUGGGUGUCUCUCGAUGGCAGGAAACGGCAGGAAAUUGCACAUGGGGACAGUAUUACCAUCACUACGUCCUGUUUCCCUGUUCCCUCCAUCUGUUUCCGUGAUCCGGUGAAUGAUUGGUUCGAGAGUCUGGCUCAAUGUUUACACUGGAAUGUUCGUAAGAAACAGAGUCAUCUGAGUUCAGAAGAGGAGUUCUGAGCGCAUUCAUACUCAUGCUCUCCAACACUAUUACUCAAAUGAUGUCCUUCCUUUUUUUAAACUUUAUUUUUUUAUAUAUAUAUAUAUAUAUAUAUAUAUAUAUAUAUAUAUAUAUAUAUAUAUAUAUAUAUUAUAUUGUACCUAAAAACAGGCCUCAUUUCUGUGCAAAAUCAAAAGUUGUAUUUUUUUCUUUUGAUUUUGAAGUGAAAUAUGAGCCGUAUGUGUUCUUGACAAGUUUUGUGACAUUCACAGUCUUACCGAUAUCAGCUCCAUUCUAAUGUUGUGUAAAGUACCAUGCAUUGUCAGUUCUUGGCAAACGAGAUCAUUUGAAGCGUUGUAGCAAUAAGUGAAUUUCAAUAGAUUGUGCCUUAUAUCAUGUAGAGCAUCGCAUCAAAAUCUAGUCAUUCGGGAAGAAUUAUUUUCUUAUGCUGUGUUUACAGCGCAUUUAGAAUGAACUUGCAUCAUACGUCUCGUGAUAGAUAUAUUCAUAUCUAAGCUUGAAUAUCUUAAGAAUGUUUUGGAAACCACUGUAUUCUUUGCAUUGUUGUUUUACGGGUCAACAAGCAAUCUGUUUAACAACGAGUUACAAUUUCUCCAUUCCAGGUUUAAAAGGACCAUAAUGUUUUUUCUGUGUUUCCCAGUUUUAGAGACAUGUCAGUCAUUUUUCCAUUUUGUUUGUUUAAUUGUGCAUUAUUAUUGUUCUUAAUAUUCAAGCCGUUAUGAAACUUUUGUUUCACUCUGACAUUGGUAUCUUCCAAAGUUGUCCUGGUGCAUUUUUUUUUUUUUUUCGAGGGUGAGAAGGGGUCAAAACUUUACAUGAAUUCAGCAAAUUGUGGUUUUAAGUGCCCUUCACAAGAAUAAAUGCUGUGCUUCUAAAAAAAAAAACUUGGAGAGGAAGGGUAAAAUCUCAGAUGGGAUUUUGACACACAGGUAAUGGACAAAAGAACCAAAAUGCUAUUUAGCUUUGAAGUGAAUGCAUAACAAUUACACAUGCAGACUGCUUAUGUCAGCCAUAAAAGAGUCCUUUGAUAAAUGUGCUUUCAAAGCAAUCAGUAUUAUGUAACAGACAUCCUGAAUCACAAGUGCAUCAAUUAUAAAUCCGUGAAAUUAUUUCAUCUGCCAGGUGGAACCGUUGCAAAAACAUAAUGAGUACCUAUGAGACAAUUGCUGCAAGCAAAAGCUCAUCUACAGAUCCUCUUCUGGAAAUGUGCUUAGUGCUUUGCGAAUACUUCCUCAAAAACUUCCACAGAUAAAAUGCACAAAAAGAAGAAAAAUGCACACUGCGAGUUUUACAAAGCUAGAAUACAAUCACAUGUACAAGAUCAGCGAACAACAAUGCACACUGUUGCAUAAGGUGGAAAAAACCCUGGACCUUCCUCAAUCAUAAGAUGCAAAGAUUGAACUUUAAUGAGAAGUUCAGUAGAUUUCCACCUGCUCCAGUUCUGUUUUUCUGAAAGAAUACAAUAGUGAUAUCUCACUUUCACAGUCAUUUCUAGAGUUCCUGAAGCUGAUCUAAAGCACAGUGAUGAUCCUAGUGCUUACUAGGCUGUCAAUGUUAAUAUAUUAGGUCUUUCUGUAAUUUUGUCCAUCUCCUGUUUUCUUUAACAGGUAUAGUUUAUGGUUCAGCAGGUGCUGGUUUGGACCAGACCAAAUGGUAUUGUUUUUGUUUUUUUCAUGGCCUUUGUGUAUAACAUGUAAGAAGGCAGUUGCAGCGUAAAGUUAUUGGAUCAAAUUGGUUUGAAAAUCAUUCAUAUGGUCAUAGGGAUCUUUUCGAUUUACUUUCUUAGACAUUUUUUACAUGUAAUAUAUGAAGUUUGUCAUUUAAACAUGAUCUAAUCUGAAUUACAUCAAACUAAAACCAAAUGAUUAGUAAAAUAAGGUGUUUUUCUAAAAGCCGAUUGGAUAUAAAUGUAAGAUAUUUCUAUGAGAAAAGAAGAACAAGGGAUUUUUGUAACAAACAGCUCUGUGAUUUGCUAAUGAGGCCUAAAAUACAGAUGCAUUGUCACUAACAUUAAUCUCUCAGUCAGUUUACAGGUCACAUCCGACCUCUGCUUAUGUGUUUUAGUCAGAUUUUUUAUUAUUGUAAUAUAUUAAAAAUAACUUUUUCAAAGUAAAACUAAGUAUAAAAUAAAUCUCUCUCUCUCUCCUUGUCUCUUUUUUAAUGUAUUUUUCAGAAUUGGUUUUCAAAGGACGGUGUUAUUAUCCAUGCACAAUUUCUAUUCGGCAAUAAUCAGUAUUUUUACUCCAUGAAUUUAAGAUGUAACCAUGCCAUUAUAUAAGUAAACAACAAUGGUUCAUUCUAGUGUAAAGGGGUUAUAAGGUAAAGGAGGCGGCAAGAACCGGCUUGAAAGUGCAACUCAUAAUUUAAUAGUGAAUUAAUGCAAAAGCCAAAUAAAAACCGAACAUGCAGGACAGUUGCCUGAAGCUCUCUCUCUCUCAAACUGUUGUCUCCGGUCGCCUUUAAGCCUCGCUCGCCUCAUCAGGGUGAUUGGGGUCCGGGCGUGCGUCAUUCCAGCCCGGCCCCGCCCUCCUCCGUGCUACAUCCAGUUUAUAGUGAUACAAUACUAAGAUCUAGAAAAUUUCUCAAAUCUACAGCCAAAGUGACUAUUGGAUUUUGUACUCUUUUGUUCUGUCACUGUUUCUCCUGUUGCUUUUGAACCUCCAUCAAUAGAUAUCCA